CAGAGCUGGAGCAGUGUUAGCGUCAUGGAUUCACAGCAGCCAUUGACUGAAGGUUUGAGACGUUCCAGUCGUGAUAGUCGACCUCCUGCCCACCUGCAGCAGUAUGACGUUCAGUAUCCUGGAAGUAGAAGAGCUACAUGUGAGACAGAGAGUCAAACCGAAUGCCAACACAGUGACAAAGACACACAUGGGCUGCAGGAUCCUGUCGGAGAAUCAGAAAGUCAACCAGAGAAACGUCCUGCCCCUUUACCUACCAACCAAGAUGAGGUUAUGAGGGAACUCCUGACGACGAUGAGGGAGAUUAGGCAAUUUAUGUUUCAAUCAUCUCCUUCCCAUUCUCGUAGCUCCAGAUCUUCAAUUCGCACUGUCUCAUCUGAUGGAAUCAAAUCUUCUGUAUGCAGUUUACGAGCUAGUUCUCAAACACAUCAACAACAUGAGCAGUUCCCAGUGAUUGAUACAGCAACCUGUCAAUCACCCUUUCAGCCCCCACAGAUUAGCCGUCAGUCUGGUUUAGUUCCGGCUGCCAGCCCUCCUUUACCUAAUUCAACAAUAUUAGAUGCUGCAGUCCCUUCAAGUGGUUUGCCUAGACCAGUCCUUGCUACACAAGAUGAAACUCCCUUUGAUUUCCUGGCCUUAUCACGGCAGGAUCCCCACCAGAUCUCAUGUGUUCAACCUGCUGUUUCUUUAGCUGAAGACCCUGUUCAACCUCUCAUUUGCAUAUCUGACCACAAUCAUCACCCUUCUCUAGAGCAACAACCAGCUACAUCCAAUGCCUUACAUGAACAGAAACCUUUGGUACCUGUUACUGCUAGGUCGGGUCACUCCUCUAGCACGAGAACACAUGUAUAUAAACUUGAAGGUCCUUCGUUUCCAGACCUUAGUAGAGAAGACGAAAUGCAAUACAGGAUGUUACGGAUGGCCCUUACAAACCUUCUUGAUCCUCAUGAGACAGAGCACUUCAAAUAUCAUGUCCUUCUUGAUCACCUCAAAGUAGACCAAGCUAAACGAUUAGCUCUUGCCUUUUCCUACGCUCCUGACCCAUACACUCAAGCCAUCAAAGCCCUUGAUGAGCGUUAUGGGCAACCAAGACAGCUGGCAUUGAAAGAGCUAAAGAAUAUACUGGAACUGCCUCCUAUCAGAGCAGGUGAUGGUCAGAGUCUUGAUAACUUUGCUCUUCGUGUACAGGCCUUAGUUGGUUUGCUUAGCACUAUGGGAGAUCAAGGACGUGCAGAACUAGAUUGUGGCUCCCAUGUUGAUCGCUUGUUAGCGAAGUUGCCUGCAGAGCAUUUCAGUCGCUUCAAACGGCACGUUUACAGGGAACAGGGAGAAAUGACGUAUACCUUGCCUUUGUUCUCAUCCUGGUUGCAAAUGGAGUGCAAGUGUCAACCAAGAAAGGACAAUGCUGUUUCAUCCUUCAACCAGCCACGACCUGCCCUUCAGGUGAACCGCUCCAGCACAUCCUCGUGUCCGCUGAUGGCUCUGAAUUCAUUCAGCCACCUCCUACUCUACCAUCAGCAGUACCUACGUCAUCACCGGCAGUGCCGCUAUCACCAGUUCCACUGCCUGUGGCUGCCAUUCCGCCAGUGGUCAGGGCGCUGCCUGCUCCUGCAUCACCUGGUCCUACCUCCAAGUCCCGUACAAUGCCCCCAGCGCCUGCAAAACUGCCCGACGGUCUGCAGGUCUGGGCCUGCAGCUGCAUCCCACGUGGCUGGUCGCCACCGCUGGCUACAUGGUCGGCCCCCGAACAGUCUGGCCUGCAUUGUCAACCUCCAGGUUGACCCCCCCGAACCUAUAUCAAACCUGUAG